UAUAUAUAUAUAUAUAUACAUUCAUUUCCAGGCGAGUAAAUUUCAGUAGGCGUUACCUAUCUAUGAUUUUGUUGAUCCCCACAUAUCUACAAAUCAGUCAUGAAAAUGAGUCAGCCCAUGCCCCAGGGAGAAAGCUGAUACCAAGCGUCAUGACGUCACACCGUUGAAAUAUUUAUGACUAUGCAGUGCAACACAUCAAGGCGGUAAAACUCAGGGUUACCAUAGCCUCCUAAUGGGGUCGUGGAACUGUCAUUCUGGAAUGUCACUUGGCUUUUUGACAAAAGAUGGCUGUGAAAUAGUAACAACAUAAGAGAUGCAGAAGAUGGUACGAAAAUGACUGUAUUUAUCACAUAAAACAGCUUCCAACCGCCAGCAUCGGAUAUUUUCAAGAACUUCUUCUCUGUCUUCUAUUUGUCGUGUCUAACCGAUUUGGGUACUUUUCCAAUCAUAUUGAUUUCAACGUGUAUCCAUCUAAACUCCAAGCACAUCUAUGGGUGGAAAGGCAGUACGCAAAGGGCUGCCCGGUGGCGUGUUGGAUACUGGUUGGCCUGUCGAUACUGCCUUGCCACCGAUACAUCUGUAUCAAACCUAAAAGCUAUGGUGUGUCAAAUGGCCAAAGCCAACCCCAGAAGGCCUCCUAUUAUAUACAUUGUAUUUUAUAUAUCUAGACAAAGUGAAAGCUUGACGUUUUUUCAAACAACGCACGUCUGUGUUGUCUAUAGGUCAAACGCAAAACUAUAGGUUAAUCACAAGGGUGCAGUCGUAGCUCAUAAAUGCCAGUAAUUGGUUGGUUGGUUUGGUUAAUAAUCACUGAGCCGUGCAAAAAUUGAGCUGUUCAUUUGACAACGAACUGUUCUCACUCAAUAUAUAAAUACAUAUUCCCAUAGUUUUCUGUCUAAUAUAAGUAGACUAUCAGUUGUCACAAAUUGCUGAAUAUGUAUGAUGUCAUUUGAGUUGUACGAUGUUACAGAAACUGCCCAAUGUUGUUGAAGGACACGGCAGCUUUGAUACGAGUUUGAUGUCAGCGCUCACGGCUAGCACUCAUGACCUAUGAUUGUUCGCUGUCAUCCCUGCGACCUGUAAAUUGCAGUCGCCAUACUCGCUGGUCGUCUUACCGGUUCUGCUUUAACGUACAGCCCGGGGCUCCUGUUUAUGGAACGUUUAGAUGAAACAAGAUAUAAGGUUGUUUUUCUGUGGUGAGAUACCGACAGCCAUGCUGGAUAAACGAUGAGCUACCCCAGCAAUUACCACAGGUCCGGACUGGCAUCGACGCUCGGCAGUCUUUUCAGCUUCGGCUCAGGGUCGCGCUCACAGUCGCUGUCGUCGCGAUGGGCCGGGUCCAGCUUUGUCCGCCUCUCCAGGGAAAGGAGAAGCUACUCGGGGCCGACGCGUGCUUCUUCUCGGGCGUUCGACACGGGACCUGGUCUUUCCUACUCCGUACAGACGGGAUACACGUCCCCGACCAGCCCGCGGUCAGUCAGUCGGACCUACGGCGCCGACACCAGCCGGGCCCGCCUGUUGGUAAGAACCUCCAGCGCACCGUCCCUCCGGGCUCACAGCCGCCGCUCCAGCGGGGAGUACGCCUCCUUCCAGCGACACGAGAAACCACUGGACUUCGUCCGUACUGAGACCGAGCUGAAUGGCCAUGUCGUUGACGGAGGGCCAGAAAAAGUGGACAUGGACGAAGUUUUCGGGAACAAAAUCCCGAUAUCUUCACCCACGUCGCCCAAAGCCGAAACCCGACGCUCUCAGGUGUCGUCUGUCGUCCUCAUGUCUCCCCGUGCUCUCUCUCCGGUAUCCCCCCGCGCUCUGUCACCAGUGUCCCCCCGCGCUCUGUCACCGGUGUCCCCCCGUGCCCUCUCCACGGUGUCCUCCCGGGCUCUGUCCCCGGUACAGUCCAGCCUGACGUCCGUCAGCGCCAGAGAUGUUGAGGUAGACGUCAAUGCCCAUAUUCGGCGCACAGAGCAGCUGGAAAGAGACCUGGACCUCUACAAGAGCAGAUAUGAGAAAGAGGCUACCAUCAGGAAAGAGCUAGAAAACAAGCUCUCAGAGGCUAGGGAGGAGAUCACCGCGCUGUCCGGGAUUAACAGGCGACUGAAGGGUGAUAACGAGGCUCUGAGAAAGCGGUGUCACACCGAUGAGAUACACUGCAGCACCGGCCUCAUGGACAUGCGCAGUCACUACGAGAAGGUCGUCAGGAACACCAAAAGGGACCUGGAGGUGUACUACAUGGAGAAGGUUAGACGUGUUACGGAUGAAGCCAAACGGCACGCGGUGGAGCUGGGGAGGGUCACAGCAGACUGGAAAGACCUGUCGGAACAAAUCAGGAGUCUACAGACGGAAAACGACCGGCUACGGAGAAUGGCUGGAUUCAAAGCACCCUCAUCAUCAUCAGCAGCAACAACAACAGCCAAGACAUCCUCAGGGGUUGAAAAAGCUCCCACCAAAACCGUCACCUUCCACAACGGGCCUGUGUCGGAGUCCAACUCAAGCACGAGGACAACCAAAGUCAGGGUCAAAUACGUAGAUGCUGCCUCGACGUCCUCCAGUUCUGACGAAGACGACACUCAGACGACAUCAGUGCGCGCGAAAAGCAAGAUUAGCUCCAACGUGAAAAUAUCUAAAGUUAGUAAUGUGUAGAUAACGUGGGGUGCACGACUGCCGUACGUUGCGUUGGCGGUGUUGCAGUGCGUUUCAAAUGGAACUUCUGGAUGUGAAUAUAAUGCAAAAAGUAUGACUAAAGAAAAGAAACACUUAACGUACCGCAACUGCAGUGAGGUACCCCCUUAAACUUGCGGCCCCUAGUAAUGUUACCAUUACUUUAACCUCUACUCUAGAUGAUAAUAGACCUUACUACUCGCAUGAGGCAGAUAAAGUUACUGGAUCUCACUGCGGAGAAUCUGUUGGGGCGACAGUCUGUAACCAUCGAACUGACGAAUCUUUAUUAUGAGAGGAUAUACCUUUGGUAAAUUUGGUGCUAUUUCAAAUAGCCUGCGGAAGCUUGUACUGUCACCUUCAGUUCUGGUAGGGUAGCUUGUAUGGGCUCAUGGUGGCAAGAAAGAACACAUGUUUACAUAUAAAUCGAAGGUGCAAUGGUUGUCAAUGUUAUAUUUAUUGAAAAAAAUAUGUCAGCGAUAUCUUUUUAAAAUAUGAUAAGUUGCAUUUUAUUACCAAUGGAAUAAAUACAAGUCAUCCGUCUGUCGA